AUGAGAAUUGAUAAUGUAUAUAAAUUACUGAACAAAAUAAAUUGGAACUAUUAUUAUCAGCAGCAGAAACAGUUGGUUGAUUAUCAUUCAAUGGGUGAUAAAUACGAAGAUUUGGGGCCAGCAAAUGCUCUGCCACCACCGCCACCUCAACCAGAGCAAAUUCUUCCAACAAUUACUCCAGGCCAAGCUUCACAAGACCGAACAGAAUUAAGAUCUGCUCAAAUAGGAUCUUCAAUUAUUAAAAAAGCAGCGCAGGGAAAAGAUCCAAAGAAGACGCUGGCUGAUGAAGAUGAAGAAGAAGAGAUCAAAUAUACAACUGCGCAAAAAACAUGCAUGGUGAUAUCAGGAACAGAGAAAAAUAAGUUGGAACGAAUAUUUUAUCUCUUUCUUCGAACCAAUUACUUCGAAAAAAACUUACCUGUUGAAAUGGCAAAUUAA